AAAAAAACAUGGUAUGCCAAGGAAAAGGCCAUUGCAAACAGGUUCGGACAAUGGGACGACUCUUUCAAGGAGAUUUGCAAUUUUAUGACGAAUGUCACCGUUGCUAAUCCCAGGACAGUCUGGCAUGCUACCGGUACACCAAUUGAAAACAAUCCAUAAUUCAGAACUUUCAAGCAUAUGUUUUGGACUUACGAGCCAGUGGUGAAGGGUUUUCAGUAUUGCAAGCCUGUGGUGUACAUCGACGGCACCCACACAUAUGGAAAAUACGAAAUGACUUUGCUGAUUGCUUCUGCAAUUGAAGGGAACAAUCACAUCAUGCCGAUAGCUUUUGCCAUUGUGAAGUCGGAAACUGCCGCAUCCUGGAGGUAUUUCAUGAGGAUGUUGAAGAGGUAUGUUUUGGGUGAGCGAAAGGUGUGUAUCAUAUCUGAUCGCGGCUCCGGUAUUAUGAGUGCCAUGGAGGGGCCUGAGUGGGCGGGUGAUACCCACAAGUGGUGUAUUAGACACCUAGUGAGCAACUUCCACAACGCCUUCAAGAAAAAAUAUCUCAAAAAGCUUGCUGAAAAAGCUGGACGCGCAUACCAAGAGCAUAAAAGAGAUCGGUACAUGUCAUUGAUAGAGGCGGAUUCACCUGAGGGUUAUGCGUAUCUUGACCGCCUUGAUGUUAGAAAAUGGAGCAUGAGUGGCGACACGUCUGGAAUGCGGCAUGGUGUGAUGACAACAAACUACGCUGAGUCGGUCAACGCGAUGUUAAAGAACAUUCGGGGGCUCCCUAUCACAGCCAUGUUGGAAGCAAUAUUUAACAAGGUCAACUCCGUAUUCAUUAAGCAUGUGAACGACUACAAAAUGUGGUUGGCAUCCGGUUUCAUGUGGACUCCAGUCUGUGCACACAUAAUUGAGACUUGGGAAAAUAAGUCAAAGACUCAUACGGCUUCACAGUUCAACGUGGCACAGAAGGUAUUCAAUGUCUUGACCCAGUGCGACAAUGUAAGACAAAAGGGUGGCAAUACACAGCAAGUUCGUCUACUGGACGGGACAUGCACCUGUGGAAAAUUUCAACAGUGGAAAAUUCCGUGCUCCCAUGCGAUAGCUGCCUGCAACCAAUACGGAGAGAACUACCGUGACUACAUUUCAUGGUAUUACAAAUGCGAGGAUCUGACGAGGGAUUUCUGUCACGCACUAGCUGUACGACUAGAAGGAGCGCUGUUCUGCCGUUCGCUAGGUUGGACCACCGUAUUCGGUCGAUGAUCGAGCCUACUGGAUUUGCAGGCUGUUUUGCUAUGCGUCACUACAGCGUCGACAUGCAGCUGAUCACAGCCCUUGUGGAGAGGUGGAGGCCGGAGACCCACACUUUUCACUUACCCGGCGGAGAGUGCACGGUUACACUACAGGACGUGGCCAUUCAGACCGGACUACCAGUAGACGGUCAUGCUGUUACAGAAGGUAUUGUACAUGAUUGGGCUGCAGUGGCAGAGAGGGUUUUGGGGAUUCCUGCGGGCAGAUAUCCUAAAAAGCCUGCAAAUUCCACAGUCCGGACUUCUUGGAUCCUAGAAAGUCUCCCCGACUUCGGUGCGUUACCAGACCAGGCGACUGACGAGCUUGUCCAUCGGUACACACGGGCGUAUCUCUUGCUCGCUGUCACAGGAUUGUGCUUCACUGACCUCGGUAGUGGGAAGACUUCGUUACGGA